AUCUUCGCUUCUUCUCACCAACUAAAGCAGCGUUUGUAGUUCACGAAUCUUUGGUGGCCGAUCAUCAAUCCCCCAGAAGACGCACAUAGAAAUCUCAGUUUGGUUAAUAAACCUUUUCUCAAUCUCUGUAUAGUCGCUGCUUUCAGACGAAAUUCUAUGUCAGAAGCAAUCUUGGUGAAGGAAGAGUGUGGUAGGUAUUCCAUCUCCACUCUUGAAGCUCAAAAGCUGGCAAUGGUGGGCUCUUGUAUCCAUCAACAUCUUCUUCCUCAUUGGUGGCUAAGCUGCUUCAGUCAUUCUAGGUAGGUUUUACUACAACGAAGGUGGAAACAGCAAAUGGAUGGAAACUCUUGUUCAAACCGCUGCUUUUCCAAUCAUCUAUAUCCAGCUUUUGCUUCUUCCUUCUUCUUCAGAGUCUUCUUCUUGUUCACUCAAAACCAUGGUCUUGAUUUACGUUCUGCUUGGUGUCAUCGUCGCUGGAGACAACAUGUUGUACUCUGUUGGACUUCUCUACCUCUCUGCAUCGACUUAUUCGCUCAUUUGCGCUCAGUUAGCGUUUAGUGCGGUCUUCUCUUAUUUCAUCAAUGCUCAGAAGUUCACUUCUUUGAUUCUCAAUUCAGUGUUCUUCCUCUUUUUCUCUGCUACGUUGAUUGCCCUCAACGAUAAUGCAGACGCUCCGUCUGGUGUCUCCAGGUCGAAGUAUAUCGUUGGGUUUGUGUGUACACUCGCUGCAUCAGCUCUCUACUCUCUACUCCUCUCCCUUAUGCAGUUCUCAUUCGAGAAGGUUCUGCAGAAGGAGACUUUCUCAGUAGUUCUCGAGAUGCAAAUCUACACUUCUUUAGUGGCGACUUGUGUCUCUGUUAUCGGGCUUUUCGCAAGCGGGGAAUGGAGAACGCUGCAUGGAGAAAUGGAUGGGUAUCAUAAAGGUCAAGCUUCUUAUGUACUGACUCUGGUCGGGACAGCGGUUACGUGGCAAGUGUGUUCUGUAGGAGUGGUGGGUUUGAUAUUUCUGGUGUCGUCGCUCUUCUCAAACGUUAUUAGUACGCUUUCUCUAGCUGUGACUCCACUUGCUGCUUUGGCUGUGUUCCGUGAUAAGAUGAGCGGCAUUAUUUUGGCAAUGCUGAUCGCUCUAUGGGGUUUCGCUUCUUAUGUUCAACAGAAUCAUCUUGAUGACUUGAAAUUAAGACGAGCGCGAAAACAAGCGCAUGCCAGUCGGGUUGAUCCGCCUUGUUAAUUCAGGCAGUGUAAUUGCUUUAGGUUGAAUAACUUUUACUCGUUAGGACAAGCUUCUGUUCUUGUCAUAAUCUUUAAAAAUCAGAAUUUUUGUACGAUCAAAUUUAAAUAUACUGGUUGGUACAUGGAACUUAAUACAAAUUGCAAAUGCAGUCGGAUUUAGCA